CUCAGCGGGAGUCAGCGAGGCCGAUGACGGGCGGCGGCGGGCGACCCAGGCGCAGGACGGAGCCAGAGGAAAAGGACCCCUUGGACUGCAUUUGGUGUUGAGUCUGAUACGGAGGGAAAGCAGAUAAGGAAUUAGAUUUUUUAUUUUAUUUUUAUUUUUAUUUUUUUUCUAAUGGUGAUAUGAAUAUAAAAUGAGCAAGGACAGCAAGGCAGAAAGGAGUUUUCCAGAAAGACUCAAAAGAUGGUUCAGGCUUGAUCGCGGCAAUGUGACCGGAAGCCGAGAGAUCAGGUUGACGGAGGAGCUCAGGGCAGAACUGGGGCCGGAAUCACUCACGUCGACGCGGAUGAAGGCAAUCAAAGAACUCAACGAAGUUCUCGCUUCAAAGAAGAUAGAAGAGAAUGGGAUAGAAAAACUAUGGCUCCUAGUACAAGAUCUUCUCUCCCUAACCAGUCCAACAGAGCAGCGACACACAACGUUGCAGAUGCUGACGACACUAACCGCAGCUCAUGACAGAAUAGGGGCUAUGCGACAUGUGUUCUACAAUUAUAUCUCCGAGAAUUAUCAGCAUGAAGACACAAAGCCAAUGUUUGAUUUCUUCCGUGAGGUGAUAGCAGACGGGAAGCAGUUAGAGUACAUAGAAGAAUUUGUAGGUCCGUUCUUGUUAGAGUGGCUUCCGGGCUUGUUAGCCUCACCGCAGGCUGCAGACGCUCUCAGUCUUUUGGUCAAUCUAGUCAAGUUUAAUGCUGCGUAUCUUGAUGAACCUGUUGUCACUGGCUAUGUCAAACCUAAGACAUCUGAUAUAACAAAGGACAUGCUGAUUUUCCUGCAGAUCAUGCGCAACCUCCUGGGCACACACCUCGGAAACAGCGGCCUCUAUGUUUUGUGCCGAUUGAUACAGAGCGACGGAGAUCCGCACAUGGUCCGAGGAGCCAUUUUCUUCCUGACUUCUGCUCUUUGGGGAAAUAAUAAGGUGUCCUCACUGAAUUACAAACCGGCGGCUGUACUGCCAACACUGCAGCAGGCUGGAAACAACAACCAUGUGCUGGUUGUGUAUGAGGUGGCUCUGAGUGUCCAGAAAUUGGUGUCCAAAAUGUCCCUGGAGCUUCACCUGUCCUCCUGGGAUCUCCUUCUAGACACCCUUGGCAAGCUUUUUGAACAUGCAGUGGCAUUAGAGGAAGGCCAUGAAAAGCAGUCUAUCCUAACAGUACUGAAGGACACCCUGGACGUCAUUGAACAGCUGAUUGACUUGCAACAGUUUGGGGGCUCCUUGGAUAAAUUCUUCUUUCUGAUUGAUCUCUACGCUCACCUUCGGCCACUCAUGCUAGGGGCUUCCUGGGGGACUGCUCAUGAUGUUUAUAAUAUUCGUUAA